CCUCACUCUCUCUUCUCCUUGUCUCUUCCAGUCUCCCAGUCCAACAGCAGCUUAAAGAAGCAUCGCAGCCGGAGCAUCUUCAGCCCCUUCUUCUGCUGCUUCCGAAACUACAAUGACUACCACGCGGACCCCCCACCCUCCAACAACAAGACCCUGGCCCUGCCCCCGCCGCCCGAGGAGAACGGCAGUCCUCCCAAGCCUCCAGCCAAGUCCCUGCUGCCGGAGGUCAGUAAAGCUGACUACGGCAAAAACUGUGUGGUGAUCGACCUCGAUGAGACCCUGGUCCACAGCUCCUUCAAG